UUCCGAGAAAUCUCGCUGUCGCUUCUUCAUUUCUGUAACCGCCAAACACCAUACGCAUCUUCCUCCCACCGAUUUCACAAAUGCUGCAACGCAUUUCCUUUCCCUUGGCCAGACCGAAGCAGAAGAAAAUCAAAUCCAAAAAAAUCCAGUGCUCCUUGUCACCACCAACCAACCAUGCUCCUUCAUAUCUUCCUUCUCCACUCCAUUACUCUCCUCCUAUCUUCCUUCGCUUCUCCCCUCCCAUCCACUCUCUCCCUACUCUCAUUCCGCAACUCCCUUCCAGAACCUUCCCAACGCCUACUCCCCUGGAACACGUCCCACCGUCCAUCAUCUUCCCCGUGCCGAUGGCCCGGCAUUAGCUGCCGUUCAUCCACGAUUAAAUCUCUAAACAUCUCUUCCUUCGGCCUCUCCGGCGCCCUAACCACCGCUUCCAUUUCCCACCUCUGCAGCAUUAAAACCCUCGUCUCCGUCAAUCUCAGCGGCAACCGCUUCUCCGGCCCCAUCCCACCAAACCUCCAGAACUGCACCUGUCUCCGCACUGUCCUCCUCAAUGACAAUCUCUUCACCGGCCCAAUCCCGCCCGGCCUUUUCCGAUCAGACCAUCUCGUUGAAUUCGAUGUAAGUGGCAAUUCACUCACAGGACGAAUCCCGCCCGAGGUAGGACUCUGCACCAAUCUUAAAAUCCUAGGCCUUUAUCAGAAUUCCCUAACCGGCGAGAUUCCGCCGGAGAUCUUUCUUCUGCAGAAUCUUGAAUACCUGUACUUACAAAUGAAUAAGCUGACCGGAAACUUACCAGACUUCCCACGCUCAUGCGCAAUCUCUGAAAUCUGGAUUUAUGGAAAUGAGUUGUUUGGAUCCUUACCGAGUAGUCUGAAUAACUGUCGGAACCUUACUGCAUUCUACGCUUCGGAAAAUGGGUUCGAAGGAACAAUACCGGAGAUGUUCGGGAAUCUGUUUUAUCUUGAAUACCUUCAUCUCAGUAAAAACAAAUUCGUGGGUGAAAUCCCUGCGACUAUAGGGAAUCUCAAGAGCUUGAUUGAGCUUGAUCUUUCAGAGAACAAUCUCAAUGGUAGUAUAACUGAAAGGAUUGGAAGAUGUCGUUGGGCGCAGGUAAUUUCCUUGCGGGGGAACCGUUUGGUCGGCCGCAUUCCUCAGUCAAUCGGAAAUCUCAAGGAUUUGAGAUCACUCCUUCUAUUUGAUAACAUGCUUGUAGGUACAUUGCCGCCUGAAAUCAGGAAUUGCAGCUCGUUGGUCGAUCUUAGGAUUCAAAAUAACUUUCUUGAAGGACCCAUUCCUCUGGAAAUAUUUGAGCUUGAGAAUCUUCGAGUGCUUUUGCUGUUUAACAAUCGUCUUGAAGGGAGUAUUCCUCCACAGAUAGAGAAGAUGAGUAGUCUUGUGCAGUUGGGUUUGUAUAAUAACAGCUUGACCGGUCAAAUUCCGCUGGAGAUUGCACAUUUGAGGAAAUUGCAGUAUCUGUCAUUAGCAUAUAAUAAUCUUUCGGGAGAGGUGCCUUCUCAUCUUGGGAAGAACACAUUUCCCGGACUAGAGAUUCUGGAUUUAACAGGGAAUCAUCUUUACGGAAAAAUUCCUUCUGAUCUCUGUGCUUCCAAGAGACUUUCCGUUUUGGACCUUGGGAACAACCAUUUCAAUGGGAGUUUUCCUGUUGAAAUCGGACAGUGUGCGACUCUUAAGAGGGUUAUUCUCAGAAACAAUCUAUUGCAAGGGACUUUUCCAGUGAAUUUGAUGCGAAAUCCAAGUAUUUGGUUCUUGGAUGUUAGAGGGAACUUGCUUGGGGGAUCCAUACCGCCGAGUCUCAGUCUAUGGAGAAACCUGUCAAUGCUUGAUAUUUCAGAUAAUCAGUUGUCGGGAUCUAUACCUUCUGAGCUGGGUAAUCUCGGGGGUCUGCAAAUUUUGAGGAUUUCUUCAAACAGACUGACAGGGACUAUACCACGGGAAUUGGGUAAUUGCAAAAAGCUAAUGAAAUUGGACCUCAGCAAGAAUCGUCUAUCAGGAAGCAUUCCCAGUGAUAUCGCAACUUCCAUGCAAUUGGAAAGUCUUCUGCUUCAAGAGAAUGAACUAACAGGAGGAAUUCCUGAUUCAUUUUCAUCUCUUCGGAGCCUUUUCGAAUUGCAGCUUGGAGGGAACAUGCUGGAGGGUUUGAUUCCUUAUGGUCUGGGUAAUCUGCACCAAUUUUCUUUGGUUCUGAAUCUGAGCAGUAAUAGGCUAUCUGGUGGUAUACCGAGUAGCCUUGGAAACCUAGAUAAGCUGCAAAUUCUUGAUCUCUCAAGCAACCAUUUCUCAGGAGAGAUACCAUCACAGAUGAACAAUAUGCUGUCUCUUUCUUUUGUUAAUAUAUCAUUCAAUCAGUUAUCUGGUGAGUUGCCUGCAUCUUGGAUAAAGCUGUUGUCUUUGUCACCGAGGUCCUUUUUGGGAAAUCCAGAGCUCUGUGUAGAAGGUAAUGAGGCUGGAUUUUGCAAGAAUGCAGACCGUACCCACAAAACAAGAAGGGAGAUGCUCACUGCUAUCAUGUUCGGCAUUAUUUUCUUUGUAGUUGCCUCUUGUUGUGUGGUUUACAUAUUGUUCAUUCGAGGAGUGCUGCCCCAUAGAUGGGCCCCUUUUCAAUUUCUAGUCCAUGAUGUUGACUUGAUUGAAGAUUUACCCCACGGCCUGAAAUUUGAAGACAUCAUACGAGCUACUGAAGGGUUGAGUGAGAAGUAUGUGUCAGGGAGGGGAAGGCAUGGGACAGUAUACCGAGCAGAGUUUGAAAAUGAAAAGGUUUGGGCUGUGAAAAAGCUUGAUUUGUCUGAGGUCGGAUUUUCCCAUGAGUUAAAGACUCUGCGCUUGGUGAGACACCGAAAUCUUGUAAGGAUGGUUGGCUACUGCAUCAGAAAUGGGUUUGGCUUCAUAGUCUGUGAGUAUCUUCCUGGUGGAACCCUGUUCGAAGUUCUACACCAGAGAAAACCCCACGUGGUGUUGGAUUGGAAGGUUCGCCAUCGUAUGGCUCUAGGCAUUGCUCAAGGCCUGUCAUAUCUUCACCAUGAUUGCAUGCUUCAGAUCAUUCAUAGAGAUAUUAAGUCGAGCAAUAUUUUGAUGGAUUCUCAACUAGAGCCCAAAAUUGGAGAUUUCGGUAUGGCAAAAUUGGUUACUGGCACAGAUACAAGCUCAACAAUGUCUUCCAUUGUAGGAACGCUCGGCUAUAUCGCUCCAGAACACGGAUAUUCCACCCGGUUGACUGAGAAAUGCGAUGUAUACAGCUACGGAGUUAUUUUACUAGAACUCCUUUGCAGAAAAGUGCCAGUGGACCCAAGCUUCGAGGAUGGCCUCGACAUCGUAACCUGGAUGAAUAAGAAUCUGCAGAGGACUGAUGGAUGCUCUCCUUUUCAUUUCCUGGAUGAUGAGAUUUUGUUUUGGAUGGAAGACGAGAAAUCAAAAGCAUUGGAACUACUCAGAUUGGCACUAUCAUGCACUCAGCUGGCUUAUGAUGCAAGGCCUACCAUGAGAGAAGUAGUAGUAUCCUUGAUCAAGUUGAACGGUUGAAAAAGAGAGCAAAAGCUUUUAUAUAUGGAGAGGGGCGUUACACUUUUUCAAACCCACUUCUCCGAUACUAAAGAUUACAUGGAACAGGUUUCAUUUAGAAAGGGCAACGUUAUGUUCAGUUCGCUACUGAGUUUGCUGCAAAGAACGCGAGAGCACCAACAAACGGUGCAUUGAUGUAAGUGGCUGGUUCCGCUUGCUGAUAAUUGUUCCGGUCAUCGUUGAAACUAUCUCUAUUAUCUGGACCACCCACUACUGCGCCAACCAGGAUGUUUGGGUUGGGGGAACCUGAGUACAGGUACUGGAAUCCGGCAUUGCAGGGAAUGGAACUUGGGUGCGAGUGUACAGAUGGCAGUGAGGAGCCUCUAUGAUGGACAUGCUGUGGAUACCUCUCUCCGAAUCCCACCAUGUAUGACAUCUUCGCCGGAUUCUGACCUAAUAUGUAGUCAACCUGGUAUUGAAGCCAUUGGAUAAUUUGGUUAAUGUCUGAAGAAGAAAUUGCUGUAAUGUUAAUUUAAGGUGUGUUUGGGUGUCAGAUUGAACUGUAUUGCAAUUCAUUCAUUUCAUUAUAGAGGAAAUGACCAAGGUGGGGUGUUCAUUGGAAUUCUGUGUACUUGAAAUGAUAGUUACUGUGAUUUGGGGCAAGUCUGUCUUUACAAAUGGCUACCCCAACUGUGGUCAUUUACUACUUUUUGGAUUGAAUUCGUGCAAUUCAAUGCAAUUGAGCAUUCCAUCCAAAACACAGCCCUAGUUAUUAGAGCUACCUGCUUUUUAGCCAGUGAAAUGAGGUUUUGGGGUGUGACAGUUGCGGUCCCGCAAGAGGCAUGGCCUCCAUAAGAUGUCAGAUAAUUAGCGUAUGUCAGGAGGAGAAAGGCCGUGGAUGUCACGUACUGCAGAUUGCUCUCACUUGCUUUAUAGAAAAGUCCCCCUGUAUGAUGGAUGGCAGUUAAACCGUUCAUCAGAAAUGUUGAUUAGAAGUCAGGGAUAUUUAAAAAGAAAUUGGUGAUCAGAGGUGGGAUGGACCUGGUGUGUAUUGGGCCUGGAAACUCGAUGUUCCAGGGAUCAGGGAGCAAAUGUAGUUAUCCGCGUGUAUUUUAUAUAGCUGCAGUUCCUCGACUCUGUUCUGCAAGAAGCUCUGUGGAGAAGGCCCAGAAAGCUAAAAUCAUGAGCCCGGAUUCGCUCAUAUAAAAGAACUAAGCUGGAGGGGGGGAAAAAACCUUGGAAAGAAGAACUUUGGUUCCAACUCGCUUGUCAUCCCAGCUGAAAGAGUAAUCAUCUUCAUCUGCACCCAUCGUGUGACCGUUGGAUUGAAUGUACGCCAAGUAUGAACUGUCUUGUGACGCCCGAUGAAGCCAUGAUGCGCCCCAUAGAAGCUCGUCCUGAAUUACAGUUCCAGAUCACAAGAUAUAAUUUAAACUGAUGAAUUAUAUGAUUCUUGGCCCAUGGAUAUGCAUAGUAUUCUUAGCUUUUCAGUUUGUACAAUCAGGGCCUUUGGUUCAGUUAUCUGGACCACUGAUAUGACGGGGACUGGAUGUAUGGUGUACCUCACUCCAAAAAAAUGGGGAACGGAAGUUGAAGGUUACUUAUUCAAUUCUAUCCGCAGGCCAGCCACCAGUCAAAGAGUUUGGAUUGUGGGUUCGUGGUCCAAACACUGGGGCCCAUCAUUCCCAUGGUCUCCAUCACUGAUAGAUUGGCCCUGCUUGUACAAACUGAAGAUCAAGGGUACCAUGCAUAUUCUCAGCUCAAAGAUUACUUCGAAAACCAAAGCCGAGACACUGCCUCUUACAUGAUAUCCAGAGUAAGAGCAGUAAAAUGGGCACACCGCGGAGCUAAGAGAAUCACUGUAAGCUCCCCUGUAGUGGUCAGCGAAAUCAAAGACCUGCAUUUCAAGAUUGGCUGGAUUAUAAACCUGAAAACUACUCAAUUCAGAAACAAUUUCCAUGCAGGUGUGGGAGUAUUACUUUCAUUGCAGUUUGAAGUAAUUUGGCAGAGUAAGAAGGGUCGGAGUCUUUAAACACGAUGGAAGCUGCGGCCAAUGCAGCAGCUGUCUCAGCUGCAACAUCAGAACCUGGGUUUUGCGUGGACACCUUGUAAACAUUGCGAGGUGUGUCCAUGUCUUCGGGCCGCUCCCAGCACCGGUGAUCCAUGUUUGGAUCUCCCACCUGCAUCGCUCACAUCCAAACCAAAAAACACUUCAGAUUAUGUAAGAAGGGUCCAGAGUAAAAUGCAAGUGUGAUAUAUCAGCAGUUGGGCUGCGAAUCCACUCCUUUUCUCUAGCGUCGAGAUCACGGUGUUGGCAUCCAAUCUUCGGUUGCAGUCUGAACUGAGUGCAAGCAUGUACUCACGUUUCUUUAUAUUCUUGAUUUUAGCUGGUAAGUUCAGAUGCUUGUAUGUAUUUAUGUAUUGAAUGAAUGGUUUUGAUAAAACGUGGCCCUGGGAGUGGCACUCCAUAUCAGUGAUCUGGGCCAUUCAUUGGCAGUGACCACUAUGAAAAUGACAAAUGCCAAAAAUCAGGUUACUACGCUCAUCAAGCGAGCCUCAUGUGUUGAAUUUGGACCA